AUGGCAAACUGCGUGAUCUCGCACGGCCCACGUGGUUACGCUGUCCACCGCAGUAGAGCGCUGCAAGCGCCAAGUUGGGUAGAGGUGGACGUCUGCACCUCGGACACAACAGCCCAGUACACCUUCAACCCUCACGACGGCGGUUUCGGUUCGUGCCUCACGGAAGUGUCGCAUCCCGUCUGCCGAGCGCUAGGCGUCAUCGCGAAGACGCAGAAAGGCAGUCGGAAUAGGUCCAGCCAAAUCCGUACAUCCCAUCCGACACUUUAUGGUGAUUCUCAUGUCAGGGCAGUCACCAUAUUGUACGUGGUCCGGAAUGUAGCUGUCCACCUCGAGAGCCUAGCAAGUGUUGAACCUCGUGAAGAUGGCCAGUGGACCGACAAUGAAGAAAGUGUGCUUCGGAAAUUCACGCAUACCGAAGGCGGACACAAACGAGGAGUGAAGAAUUUCAGCGUCUUUAGACUCCGUGGACAAACAGCAGGCGCUGCUGAGAGCUUGCCUGCCGCCAUGUUGGCCCUGAACAUCCUGUGCCUGAAGCGCAGGCGCUCCUCCAGCUGGGCGCCCGCCGGGGGAUCCCCGCUGUCCGGCAGCGGCAAAGGAAUCCUGUCAGCAGCGCGGGGCAGCCGAGGCGGAGGUGGCGCCGCGCCGCCAUCAUGCGGUGCCGCCGCGAACAACACCGUCGCUUACAGGUAA